UCUUCAACACACAAGGAGGAAAAGAGCCAACAAUAUCUAGCUACGACACGUUUGUAUUUACUGAACGCAAGUCACUGGAUUGGUUAAAACUGAUAGCGAUGACGUCUUAUACCACACAAGACAUUCCAUACCCACGAUUUUAAGCCCGCCAGUGUUCAAUAUUUUGCAGUUUCACUAUUAUUUUGGAUUUCAACAAUGUGUGGACGGUGGAAGUGUUUGAAAACAGUAGACAGGAUCUUUGUACGUCAAUUUGCAUGUCUCUGUGUGAUAACUUUCUGCGUUGUCCUUCCUAUCAUCUGCCUUCAUCUACAACAUUCCUGGUACUACCUCCUGUGGAAGAAAAAUGUUGAUCGAGGUCGUGACCACAUGAGAAUGGACAACAAUAAAAGGAUAGAAGAAGCGAAUGACUUUCUGAAAAAAUUUAGUGACGCUAGAACCCUUAAUGAACUUGGUAAGGGACGUGAAAAUGGGAACCAUGUUGAUGUAGGUAUUACUAUUAUAACAGUUUCCCGAAAUCGUCAUCGUCUCGAUAAUUAUGAGCCCAAAUAUUUGACACAAGUUGUCACAAAGUUCUUGAAGGCCAUAGAGGAAACACCGGACUUAAAACAUACAUAUAAACUUUUUCUGUGUGAUGUUGAUCCAAGCCCUUCCUCUUACAUCGAGAUCAAGCCCUUAUCAAAAUUAGUACCAGUAUUUCAAAGAUUUAGAAACGAUCUCAACAACACUGCGGUAUGGUCAAGGAUGAGCAUCAGUGACCGUUUGGAGAAGGAGAAAAGAGACUAUGUGUUUUGUGGUCGACAGACAUUGAAUGCAAAUGUGUCUAACAUAUUUCUUGUAGAAGAUGAUGCUCUUCCUCAUGAAGAUCUUCUUCCCGUAUUGGAUCGUGUAAUUUCCAAUAUUUUUGACAAAUCAAAAAAUGAUCGCACACAUUACCAAAAAGACGUAACAUACAUCAAGUUUUAUCACCCAGAACGACUACUUGGAUAUUUUAGUCUUGAACCAGAGAGGCUUCCAGAACUGUUUGGUUUGAGUUUCCUUCUGAGUACAAUAAUGAUGUUCUUUUAUCAGAGAUAUCGCCCCGUAACCACAUCUUACACCCGAAUUCUCUGGUUAUGUUUCUUUGUGUAUUCCUGUCUACUUUUAUUAUUUAUUGGUCGUCAGAACUUGUUAGAACUACGACGCAUAUCCAGUCAGCUGUACCAGGUGACCCGAGCCCCAGCUUGCUGUACUCCGGCCAUUUUAUAUCCAAGUAAAGGCAUGGAGGAAGUUUUAAGUUACCUGUCUUCAGUUCAGUGUAAGGAGAAGUUUGGGAAAGAUUAUGCACUGGAAAAGUUUAGAACUAGUUUCGCAAAAACUGGUCUCAUGGUGCAACCAAAUCUUUUUACUCAUAUUGGAAUGUACUCAUCUUUACGUAACGAGGUGUUAGACCCAUUUAUUGUAUGAGUGCUAGUUUUGUUUUAAGUCAAUUCUCAUGUCCAGUACUGUCUUAUAUUUUAGAGUCUUUAAGACACAGUUCCCCAUGGGAAAAGGCCACAGCCCUGAAAGGUAGUGGUGAUCAUGCUGACUAUCGUCGCAGUCAGACAUUCAGUUUAUUUAAGCCUUAUGUUGCCAAUUGAUCUCAGGAAUUUGUCCAUUUACCAGGUGUAGCACCAUUUAGGAAUGAGACAUUUUCAAUGUUUCCCUUUAGCAAUCCUUUUUACAUAAAAGUUGAAGUUUCAAAAUACUUCUGAUACCAAUGUUGGAAACGUUAGAAUAUGCAGUCUGUAUGUUCAUCAACUUGAACAGAUGGUGAACAUAUGAAAGCACAUUUUAUAGUUUUUUAAGGAAACCUGGGUUCAGUUUUCUUGUGCAGAAUUUAUUUUGAUGGUGUCCCUAUAUUGUAAUCAUAAACAAUAUCAUUUCUGCUCUGUAAUGUCACUAUUUGAAACCUUUUCUUCUCUAAAUUUCAUUAAGAUUUUAAAAAUUAGUAAGAAAUUUACACCCUAACUAUUUCAAGGUGAUAUUCUGUCAAAGGUGAAGGUAAUUCAAGGUUGAUUUCCUCUAUGUGACUUGCUGAUAAUUUCUGCUCCGUAACAUCCACUGUGACUUCAGAAGAGACAUGAAUUACAUAAUGUCAUAAAAUAGAAUUUUGUAUCUGUUUUAUUUUUCUACUUCACAAAAUGAUGUGCUUUUCUGAAUUUCUAUGUACAUACUUUGUAUAUGUAUCUGAAAAAAGACUGUUAAACUUGUUCCCAUUUGAUUUUACUUUUAUGAAACUCGCUGAAUUUUGUGCCAUGAAAUUAUGUAAUAGAAAUCAAAUUUAAUCAGGACCCAAUAGUUUAUACAUGUAUAUUGUAAAAUAGUAGUGUAUUUAUUGUAUGAUGUGUGGCAAUUAAAUGAUUUUAUGUGUAAAUAUUAUAAUGAUGUGUAUCAUUUCAAUAUUAGUGUUAACGCUAUCUCAGGUACCUAUUCUGACUGAAAAAGAUUAGUUACUGCGUCAAUUACUGUGGUUUUGUUAAACUCUGACUUGACCGUAACUAAUUUCAGUACGAUUUGUGAUAAUUUUAAAAAAAUGUUCAUGUUUGUCCUCCGAUAUUGUUAGUUACAUAAAAUUUGCAUGUGAUUUCAAAUCUUUGCUUAGAAAAUUUAUAUACAGAAUAUUUCUGUUAAUGACUCUAGUACAUGUAUACAAAAUUAAAAUGUAUAACAGUAACAGUCAAGCUAUGUAGUAAACUCCCACAGGACAAAUCAACUAUUUUUUUCCAAAGUUGUAUCCCUUGGCACCUCUACGCAAAUUACGCAAAUUGUAAGAAAAAUGUGACCAGAUGGAUGUCAUGCAGCUUGCCAUUCCGGGAUAAAACAUAACAGUCAGUGCAUUGGUACUUAAAAUUUCAUUAUCUUGUGUUCGGACGAGUAAGUAUUGCCAGUUUUCCUUUAUUAUAUCAUCUAACAAUCUUCCCAUUUGAUCGAGAUUUAUGUAAUAAGUUUUCAUUUGAAGCCUCUGCUGAUCUAAAACAAGAGGCCCGCGCAGAGGGCCUUUAUUGCUCACCUGGAUAUCUACGCAACCAUGGCAAAAUGUUCUUCAAAGAAGAUCCCAGGGAGAGCCAGACCCCGAGGCCAAUCCUUGUAGCAUAUCUGUAUGAGAUUUUUCUUGCCCAGCAAUUGUAUGUAAUGUGGUUAUGGGGUGGGGAUCUGAACUGUUUCCAAGUUGUGACUCAGAAACUAGGUCCCUAGGGUUGUGGUCAGACUCCAGGGUCACUUCUAAUAUCAAAACUGCAUUCGUACCUUUAUGCCCUGCAUUUGUAUAUAUAGUUUUGGGGUGGGGAGCUCAACCGUUUCAAAGUAAUUAUGACCCAGGGGUUACGUCUCCAAGGGUGGAACAGACCAUGGGGCGAUCCUGGAAGCAUAUGUGCACUCGUCUCUUUAUACUCAGCAAUUGUACAUAUGGUUAUAGGGUGGAGAUCUCAACUGU